GCAGCCUGGAGGGAAGCAGCGUGCCACGUUGUCCAGCCUGCCCAGACAGAGCUCGUGUAUCUUGUGUCUCCACGGGAAUACCUCAGAAAGGACCACCCACCAUGUCGGCAGUUACGGAGGUUCAGAACAACACAACCGAGGCCCUGGCCGCCCUGGUAGAUGGGGGUGAAGAGGCCCUGGUGACGCUGGUGGCGGGCGAGACGAGGGUGGCGGCUCACAGGGCCGUGUUGGCAGCCGCGAGCCCCGUGUUCGCAGCGAUGUUCGCGCACGACAUGCUGGAGGCCAGCUGCGGCCAGGUGAGCAUCGACGACGUGGAGGGCCCGGUGCUGAGGCUCCUGGUGGCCUACACGUAUACCCUGCAGGCCCCCCAGCUGCCCGACACGGCCGCCCAGCUGCUCUCGGCGGCCGACAAGUACGGCUUGUCGGCCCUGAAGGCUGCCUGCGAGCGGCAGCUGAUCUCGCAGUUGGCCGUCGAGACCGCAGCGGCGACGGCCGUCACGGCAGUGAGGCACUCGUGCCCGGACGCCACCAGGGCUGCCGUCGCCUUCAUAAAGGACCACCCGCAGGUGAUGGCCACGCGCGGCUGGGCGGACGCUGUGCUCGAGUACCCGCAAGAAGUCAUUGAAGUCAGCAGUAUGCUCGGUGAGCCACCGGCAGAAGCCAGCUCGCCGACCGCCACAGGGGGCGGGUCCACCCCCAACUCUGACAGUCAACCCCACAACGGCCACAGCCAGACGGCUGCUGCAGCUGCGCCUCCCACGUCAGCCCGACACACCCCUCCACCUGAUGACGCAGCCGUCUCUCGCUUCCGGAGCCUUUCUGAUGCAGAGCGAGGCAGGAGGCUGAGAGAGGCGGCUAAGGAGGGGGCGGUGGAGGAGGUGCGGGCGUUGCUCGCGGCUGGGGCGGACGUGGGGGCGAGGGACGGGGACGGGUGGACCGCCCUGCACUGCGCUCAACAGGUGGCGUCAGACAGCCCGCGCAAACGGCCGGCGCAGUCGCCGAGGGGAAACUCGCAGGUGGGGGCGCGACGCAGAAUGCGGGCAGCGAAUCCGGCAGAGGGCCGCGCAUGCGCAGAAGCAGCGGCGGGGCGGGAGCAGGCGGUGCAAGUUCCCAAGGUGGCGGCCUCUAGCCGGCCGGCGCUGUGCGGCUCUGCUCUGCGAGCUCCGUUUGAUCAGGGGCAGACGGCCGACAGUGCAGAUGAGUAA